GCUCAAACUCACCAACCGUGAGGUCAUGACCUGAGCUGAAGUUGGACGCUCAACUGACUGAGCCACCCAAGUGCCCCUGAAAUAAGAAAUCUUAUUUGAAACUAGGAAACCAAUGCAAAUGUGGUCUGGUCUCAUGAAAAACGCCUACAGUUAAUAAAAUUUUUUGAAUCAUAUAUUAGUAUGCAAAAUAAAAGCUCAUAUUCAUGUAUAAGAACUUUCAAGUUCAUGCUAUUUUAUGUAACAAAAUGCUAUCUGGAGUUUAACCACACCCUGGGCACUGUUCCAAGCCCACUUGCUCCUGAUUCUGUGGUGUCAGUAUGAAACUCAUAUGAUCUUGAUAGUAAGAGUCUGGACAACUAAAAGGGUAGAGAUAAGCAGACCCAAUUCCCCGAAUUUACGUGAAACGUCUCAGGGUAAAUCUCCUAGCCGUGACAGGACUUUGCAUUUCUUCCUCUCGGAGCACGUGGCCAAUGUCCAAACUAUGACUGUAUCCCCAAGCAGGUAGGCAAGCCUGUGCAAGAGCUUUGCCAGCCACAGUGUGGGGUAAAGAAAACCUACUAGAACUCUUCAUUAGCAACACCUCCUCACCUUGCUCACCCACUGGCAGUGUGACCUAGUGGUUAGGUGUCUUUAAGGCCCACCUGCUUGGGUUCUGUGUCUUAGCAGCAUGUGACUUGGCCAAGUUGCUUAACUCUUCUGUGCCUCGGUGUCCUUAUCUGUAAAUCAGGAAUAGUAAUAAUAAUAGCACCUGCCUUCUUGGGUGUUGUGACAAUGAAGGAGUUAACAAAUGUUAAGUCACUUAGAACGGUAUCUUGGCAUAGAGCGAGUUCUAGAGAGAGUUCAACUAUUGUUAUGUUAUGACACCGGUCUGCAGUUAAUCCCUGAAUGCUUCUGGGAUGUGGUCAGUUUUAAAAGUGAGUUGAAUUUACUCAUAAUAGAGCAUUUCAGCUGCGUGUAGCUGAAAUCUAAUUUUGCAAUUAACAUUUGUUUUACAUGGAGCCCAAGGGUUGAAGGUUAUGGUCUUCUUUAUCAGGCCCCUUGAGGAGCCUUCUUACUCAUAAUUUAUCUCUAUGUCCCUGAACUCCUUAGAAAAACUUCCCUUUUCCAUCCAAACUGAGAUCCUUACAGGGACUUACAUGUGAGGAGCCCAGAAGCUGGAAUCUGUUUUUGGAUGAGUCUGGACCAUAAGCAGAGCAUUUACAAACCUCCAUAAAGUCUGGCUUACUUCUCAUUGCUUCCCCUCAUUUGCUUUUGGAACUCUCUGCACCAAAGCUCUCCAAACUGGAUGAGCGUGCUUAGCUAAUGUCUGCCAAGUGAAGUGUCAAGGGAUAUUGGGAAAGGCAGACUUAAGGCCCCAAGAUUUCAAGAUCAUUUAGAAUCAACUGAGUAGUCCCAGGGCAACAGAAGCACGUGGGUGACUCAGUCCGUUAAGCUUCUGACUCUUGAUUUCUGCUCACGUCCUGAUCCCAAGGUUCAUGAUCUGGAGCCCCAGAUCCGGCUUUGCGCUGACAUCAUGGAGUCUGCUUGGGAUUCUCUCUCUCUGUCUCUGCCUCUGUCUCUCUCUCUGCCCCUUCCCUGCUCAAGAGCACGUGGUCUCUCUCUCUCUCAAAAUAAAUAAAUUGGUUAAAAAUAUUAUUAGGGCAAUAAAAGACAAGCAUUACUUAGCUUGAGAAACUGAUGCCAAACCAAGGGGAGAUGAUAGGAUUACUUCCUCUAAAGGGAUUACUCAAUCUUGUCAUUAUGUUUAAAUAUUUAUGUAACAAGGACAAAAAUUCUUGGUACAUGAUGCACCAGUAUUUUUGAACAAGUCAUGGAUUUUGGCUAAAAAAAUCACAUUUCAUCGUGGGUGGAGUGAGGAAUGGUAGGAUGUCUUUGGCUGCCUCCCCUUCAAAAUAAAAGAGAGAGUUCAUGCACCUGAGGACUCUUCAAGGAAGGAGCCAGAAGAGGUGGAAGCUGCUCUUAGCUCAGUCAUUGACUUGGAGUCCCUUCCCUUCUGUCCUUCACUUUGGUUGAGACAGUGAAACCGCUUUCCAGCUAUAAAUUUCAGGGGCCACCGUCUACCUCCUAGGAGAGACCUUUACCAUCACAUGUCACGGAUUCGCCUUGAAUAAUCUCAACAGUUAGUUACCAACACUUGCUCUGGAUUGAAGAACUGACAAUGCGACUUUGGGUCUUGGCACUUUCAACAAUUCUGGUACAUUCCACAGCAGCUAAGUUUAGCAAAUCAUCCUGGGGCCUGGAAAAUGAGGCUUUAAUCGUGAGAUGUCCUAGGCAAGGACGAUCUCGAUACCCUGUGGAUUGGUAUUACUCAAAAACCAACAAAUGUAUCACUACCCAGAAAAGAAAUCAUGUACUUGCCUCAGGGGAACGUCUUAAGUUUCUCCCGGCCAAAGUCAACGAUUCUGGAAUUUAUACUUGCAUUAUCAGAAGCCCUACCUUCAAUAAGACUGGCUAUGUGAACGUCACCAUAUAUAAAAAACAGCCAAAUUGCAAUAUUCCAGAUCAUCUGAUGUAUUCAACAACACUUGGAUCAGAAACAAAUUCCAAAAUAUAUUGUCCUACGAUUGACUUGUACAAUUGGACGGCACCUAUUGAGUGGUUUAAGGAUUGUAAAGCUCUUCAAGGACAAAGGUAUCACACACACAAGACAUUUUUGCUGAUUGACGGUGCAACUAGCAAGGACACGGGUGAUUAUACAUGUAAAUUUAUACACAAUGAAAAUGGAGUCAAUUACAGCGUGACAGCGACCAGAUCACUCACAGUGAACGAUGAGGAAGGCUUUUCUUUGUUUCCAGUAAUUAUAGCCCCUCCACAAAAUGAAAUAAAAGAAGUGGAAAUUGGAAAACCAGCAAGCAUACCCUGCUCCGCUUGCUUUGGGAAAGGCUCUCAGAUCAUGGCCGGCAUCCUGUGGAAGGUGAAUGGAAGCAAAGUUCAGAACUUUGGAGAACCAAGAAUUCACGAGGACCGGGAGCAAAAUCAAAGUUCCAGCAAUGAGUUGACUUGUCUGAGCACCGUUUUAAAAAUAGAGCGUGUGAGAGAAGAAGACUUAUCUGUGGAGUAUGACUGCCUGGCUCUGAAUUUGCACGGUUGGACACGGCACACCCUAAGACUAAAGCGGAGAAGUCCAAUUGACGAUCAAAGUACCUACUACAUACUGACAGGAUUUAGCAUCUUGUUAAUGCUAAUCAAUAUCAUGGUGAUAACGCUAAAAGUGUUCUGGAUUGAGUUUAUUUUGCUCUGGAGAGACAUAGCUAGACCUUACAAAAGUAGGAAUGAUGGAAAGAUCUACGAUGCUUACGUUAUCUACCCGCGGAACUAUACAAAUAGUCCUGAGAGGGCCAGUGCUGUGGGAUAUUUUGUUUACCAGAUUCUGCCUGAUGUUCUGGAAAAUAAAUGUGGUUAUAACUUAUGCAUUUACGGGAGAGAUAUGCUACCUGGAGAAGAUGCAGCCACCUCAGUGGAAACCAACAUACGAAAGAGUAGGCGGCACAUUUUUAUCCUGACUCCUGAAAUCGCUCACUGCAGGGAGUUUGCCUAUGAGCAGGAGAUCGCCUUGCACAGUGCCCUCAUCCAGAAUGACUCCAAGGUGAUUCUUAUAGAAUUAGAGGCUCUGAGCAAGCCAGGAGGGAUGCAGUUUGGGGAGCUCCAAGAUUCCCUCAAGCACGUCGUGGAAAUGCAAGGUACCAUCAAGUGGAAGGAAGAUGAUGUGGCCAACAAACGGUCCCUGAAUUCCAAGUUCUGGAAGCACGUGAGGUACCACAUGCCUGUGCCAAACAAACCCUCAAGGAAGACAUCCGCUUGGGCUUCCCUGAGUACCCAGGGGCAGUAGCGCUUGCUUUGAUGUGCUGGUGCACCAGAUUUCCUAGAUCUGCAUUCCUUCUGGCAGGAUUACGCCCCUGGGCCAGACACUGGAGCAGAGGCAUGAGAAACGGGGACACGUCAAGGGUGUUCAGGCCUCAGGUUUCAUCUAGCAACUUUACUUCCAUUUUCCUGAUUCUGGGUGGAUGCAAAAUGCCCCGAAAUUUUUAUCCUCGCUCCCCCUCUCUUCACCCCACAUUUCCUUCCCUUUCUCCUUUUGCUGGUCUUUCUCCAUAAGACCUAGGAUCUUUUCACUAUUCUUUUUUCCCUCUUUCUCUCUCUUUCUUGUUCUCCUGCCCCGUUUUCCUUGUCAAUGUUCUACAUUUUGAACAAACGAAAAGCAUUGGAGCGAAAUUUUCAUGUAACCGUGAAGAACACUCCGAUUCCCACAAGCAGAAUAUUAGCAGCAAAUCUUGUUUCCAACCUACCAAAAAUUAUUAUAUUUUAUUUUAAUGGGUGCUAAGUUUUAUCAUCUCAAUAGUGUGGAUACCAUUGGGGUCCCUUACCCAACUGCCAUUACAAUCAGUAUUUGAAGUUCUAAAGUCGCUUUGAUAUAUUUUUAUUCUCCUUAGAAAUAUUUUUUUCUCACUCUAAAAGUUACAGAAGAACAGAAAAGAUCAAAGAAGAAAAGAGUGAGCAUUAUCCACAAAUCCAUCAUCCUAAGAUAAUGACUUUUAAACAUUUGGGUAAAUUUGUAUUUAAAAAAUUUUUAACUUGUACUUAAAUGUUCUGUUAAUAUAGCUGAGCUCGCACAGUGUGUAGGGUUUAUACAUUUUUUUCUACUUAACAUCAUAAUAAAAACACUUGACAUGUCACUUAAAUUUUAACAUUUUAACUAUUCAUAGAGUUCUAUUUCACUGUUGUGCCACAGCUGACAUGCCUAAUUAGUUAUUGUUGUAUAUUUGAGUUGUGUUGAGUUUAAAUAGCCAUCAUUAUAAGUAAUUUUGCAAUGACCAUACCAGCAUAUUUUAUAUUUCCCAGUUACAAUUUUUGAACUUAAAACAAUGUUUGUUUAUUUAUUUUGAGAGAGAGAGAGAAAGGGAGAGUGGGGGGAGCGGUAGAGAGAGAGAGGGAGACAAAGAAUCCCAAGCAGGCUCCAAGCUGUCAGCACAGAGCCCAAUGCGGGGCUCGAUCUCACAAACUGUGAGAUCAUGACCUGAGCCGAAACCAAGAGUUGGAUGCUUAACCGACUGAGCCACCCAGGCGCCCCGUAUUUUUAUUUUUUAAUUUGAGAAAUUGGUUUGUUGUAACAUUUCUAUGAAAUUAGUAAAGCAUUUUGACAGAACCCUUUGACAAAAGUGAUGUCAAGGUAUGCAGUCAAGACCACUCCUUGAAGGAGUUCACAUAGCCUCAGGGGCCACAGAGCCCAUCAGUGGAUCCGGAACUCAGCAGUGUCCUCUCAGGCUGGGAGUCCUGUCAGAGCUCAGAUUUUACAGGUGGAUGGAGAUCUUACCCUCAGCUGAGCUGCUUUAAAACGUGUAUGAUUUCAGAUUUAGCUACAAAAGAAAACUGCACUCCAGACCCUCGACAGCAAGUAUAAUUUUGCAUUGUCACUCAAUGCCUUACUGAGCCUUGCUUGAAAAGAGAUCAUAUUUCUGGAAGGUUGCCUAAAGGAUCUGUAGUUACCCAUCCUUCUAUGUACCCUAUAAUCUGAAUCUAUACUCCCUGGAUUAAGGUUACCAGAUAAAUUACAAGACAUCAGUUAAAGUUGAAUUCCAAGAAUGAAUUUUCAUAUGAAAUUGAUCUGAAAUUCAAAUUUAGCUGCGAAUCUUGUAUUUUUAUUUGCUAAAUCUGAUUCUCCCUAUGCUGGUGGGCUAUUGUGCUUUUCUGUGGUGACAUCUGAUUUCGUUGAAUUAGUAAAAAAAAAAAAAAAGCCUGUGAGAAGGAUGCCCUAUAAAUGAUUGGUCAGCAUCACCUAAUUUGGAAUCAACAAUCUAUCCUCUGCUUUCAACCAGCUGUGUGACUAUGAGUAAGUUACUCAACUUCUCCAAAAUUUCUCCAAAAUUACCUUAGGUAACGUGAGAAUAAACCAUACCAAACUCUUUGUAUUUUUGUGCAAAUCAAAAAGUAGAAGACUCUUUGUACCAGAGAAGAAUUCAAUAAAUGGCAACAUCUCAUUGUGCUUUUUGAAACGUGGAUGAUACUCCAAGUCCUCUUGUAAUGAGCACCUCUGAAGGGUAUUUCUCCACCCUCGCCAUCAGGAAUAGAUGUGCCUUUAAUCCUGCUUCCCCACCCACCUAGACUUACAGACAUUUGUUUGGUGGAUGCACACAGGGCAUUUUGGAACUGAUUUUAUUUACCUCUUUGCAUUAGCUACUUGACAGCAUGGAGACUAAUUUGGGCUCUUUCUACAGCAAGUACGUACAUAGGAUAUCACAACAAGGAAUUUAGAAUAAUCUCUUCCCUGUUUUUGAUACACUUUCUUUUUAACUAUAUUUUAACUGUCUGUAUUAUAUGCUGCUUUGCAAGUAUUCAACGUUUACAUUUCCUGAACAUGGGCUGAGUAUCUCUUUGAGAAGGGCAGGGAGAGGAAGAGCUCUGGAGGGGUAUUCAGGUGAAUCAGGCAUACUCCUUACUUAUCUUAUGGGGUUAGAACGGGAAGGGACAAGGGAAACACUUCACAGAACCAGACAGGGUUGGCCCCAGGAGCAACUCUGAGCUCUUUUCCGCAGUGCUUCCUUUCCCAAACUUACACACCACCUCCCAAGUCAUCUGAGCUUCGGUUUCUGCAAACUAAGGAUGGAGAAGAAGAGCUCUGAGGUCCUUCUCAGCUCUAAUAGCCUGAUUCCAAGCCUAUGCUCACAGAGAGACCGCAGAACUUCCAGAAGCCUGGAUUCUCCUGCCAGCAGCACCACCGACCUCUCUCGCUUCCUUCAUCUGUACCAUCAGAGUGACAAGUGCUUCAUGUACCACACAAGGUAGUGUGAAAUACAAUGAAUACAGCCCAGACCAGUGAUGUGUCUACCUUAUGACCCGGGUUUAAAUUCUGGUGAAUUAUAAAGACACAAAGAAUUGCUCUUGCUUGAGUCAAAUUUGCAUACAAUAAAAGGCAAGAUUUUAAGUUUGAUGAGUCUUGACAAUUACGCAUACUUGUGUAGCUAUCAUCCCAAACAAGAUAGAAAUAGUUCCAUCACCCCCGGACGUUCCAUCCUUCCAUUUCCCAGUCAAUCCCUCUCCUCAGAGGCAGUGUUCUGAUUUCUAUCUCUAUGGAUUCGUUUUGCCAGAUCUUGAAAUUUCUAUCAGUAAAGUUAGGCGCACAGCAUUGUGACUCCCUACUUCCACACAAUGUAACAUUUUGAAGAUUCAUCGAUGUUUUGCAUGUGUCAGUUGUUUGUUCCUCUGUAUUACUGAGCGGUAUUCCCUUGUAUGGCUGUACACGGUAUGUUUAACCUAUCCCUGUUGGUGGGCACAUGGGUGGUUUCAUGUUGUACCUACUGUGGAUCUGGAGACUGUGAACACUCUUGUGGAGUUGUGUUUGUAUUUUUCUUAGCUCGAUACCUAGGACUGGUCCCUUUUUGGAAACUGUCAACUUGGCAAACUGUACCAUUUUAUGUUUCCUACGGUUAUGUAUGAGACUGCUCUUAUGAUUGAGUCAAUCCUCACCAAUGACUGGUAUUGUCAGGCUUCUUUUCAUUUUAGUUAUUUCAGUGGGUGACAAAUGAACCUCAUUAUGGUUUAAUUUGCAGUUCCCUGAUGAUUAAUGAUGUUGAACCUUUUUCAUGACCUUAUUCACCAAUAAGAUUCAUGUAUUGCUCAGUGAAAGUAAAGUCUUCUGCACAUUUUUAAA